CUAAGGAGUGGUCGGACCCGGAAGGGUCGAACCUGAAAUACCACCUCUGUGUUUGCUCCCCUUGGCCACUGGGGGGCGACAGAGAUACGGGGUUGCGAGUUUCGGAGCGCGACUUCUUCCGGUCUGGGGUGGGGCCAAGAGGUGAAGCAGCCUGUUGCUGGAUAACGGGCGAGAUCCAGGCAGCACCCGGGGAGAGCAGGGGCGGUCCCCAGACCCAAGGUCACUGGGUGACCGACGGACACGUGCCGCAUUCCCAGGCCAUAAGAGGAGCCGCGGUAAGGGCGCGCCAGUCUCUUAGCCUUGGCCUUCCCCAUUCAAGUGUCCGUGCCCUUGCCUCUGCCAGCCCCGGCCUCUCUGACUCAGACCGACUGGUGGCCAAAUAGCUGAAAUUUUAUCCCCCACUCAACUCUAUCUCACCUCUGGCGACUGCUGGGAAGUCCCCCCCUAAGUCACGCCUAAGGCUCUCAAAGAGGAGCUAGAGGAGGCCCCAGACCUGGCACUGCCGCGGGAGGUGCACAGCAGUGCUGACAGAAGGCCUGGUGGCAGCCACCUCUCCUAGGUCCCUGCUCCUCUUAGCUCAGGUGACUCAGCCCAGAGUGUUCUGGAAAGGAGAGGAGCCCAGAAGUGGGAGGCAGAAGAAUUUCCUUUCACUUUUUCUAGCACAUCAGGCCUCACCGGAGAAGGUAGAUACAGCAAGAUCCUUAACCUUAAGGGGGGCAUUCUGGUCUUGCGCCUAUGACAGGGGAAAGGGGUGUGUCUGGGAUGCAGAAAGUGGUUUUGGUCCAGGGCUGGGAAUGGAGGCCUCAGAGGCAAGAGGAGGUGAUGGGAGACCACCAAAGAGCAAGCCCAAGCAGGGGCAGGUUGGUGCUCUGCUGCUGGGUGGACUGUGGUGGCCAUGGAGAUCCGAGGACCCCCUCUUUGCACCAGGACGGCCAUGGCUCCAAAGCGCAAGGCCCUGGUGCAGAGUGAGGGCCCUCAGAAGAAGGGGCGGCAGGGAGCAGAGGAGGAAGACAGCUUUCGCUCCACAGCUGAGGCCCUCAGGGCUGCGACUGCGGAGAAGCACAAAAUCCGGGUAGACCCCACGUGCCCACUCAGCCGUAGACCUGGGACCCAGGUACAUGAAGACUAUGACUGCACCCUGAACCAGACCAACAUCGGGAACAACAACAACAAGUUCUACAUCAUCCAGCUGCUAGAAGACAGCGACAGCUUCGUUUGCUGGAACCGCUGGGGCCGUGUGGGAGAGGUGGGCCAGUCAAAGCUUAGCCACUUCCCGUCGCUGGAGGCAGCAAAGAAAGACUUUGAGAAGAAGUUUUGGGACAAGACCAAGAACAACUGGGCUGAGCGAGCCCAUUUCGUGGCCCACCCUGGCAAGUACACACUUAUCGAGGUGCAGGGAGAGGACGAGACCCAGGAGGCUGUGAUGAAGGUAGAUGGAGGCCCAGUGGUGAGCGUGGUCCAGCGGGUGCAGCCUUGCUCCCUGGACCCAGCCACACAGAAGCUCAUCACCAACAUAUUUAGCAAGGACAUGUUCAAGAAUGCCAUGGCCCUCAUGAACCUGGACGUGAAGAAGAUGCCCCUGGGAAAGCUGAGCAAGCAACAGAUCGCGCUCGGCUUUGAGGCCUUGGAGGCGCUGGAGGUGGCCCUCAAAGCCCCUGCAGAUGGCGGCCCCAGCCUGGAGGAGCUGUCCUCCCGCUUCUACACUGUCAUCCCCCACAACUUCGGCCGCACCCGGCCACUGCCCAUCAACUCUCCUGAGCUGCUGCAGGCCAAGAAGGACAUGCUGCUGGUGCUGGCGGACAUUGAACUGGCCCAGACCCUGCAGGCAACCUCUGAGGAGAAAAAGGUGGAGGAGGUGCCACACCCACUGGACCGAGACUAUGAGCUCCUCAAGUGCCAGCUUCAGCUACUGGACUCAGAGGCACCCGAGUACAAGGUGAUCCAGACCUACUUAGAACAGACUGUCAACUACAGGCGCCCUGCUCUUCAGCACGUUUGGAAAGUGAACCGAGAAGGAGAAGAGGACAGGUUCCAGGCCCACUCCAAGCUGGGUAACCGGCGGCUGCUGUGGCAUGGCACCAACGUGGCUGUGGUGGCCGCCAUCCUUACCAGCGGGCUCCGCAUCAUGCCACACUCUGGUGGCCGCGUUGGCAAGGGCAUCUACUUCGCCUCGGAGAACAGCAAGUCAGCUGGCUAUGUUACUGGCAUCCCCUGCGGGACCCACCACAUCUGCUACAUGUUCCUGGGUGAGGUAGCACUGGGCCGAGAGCACCACAUCACCAUCGAUGAGCCCAGCUUGAACCAGCCGCCCCCUGGCUUUGACAGUGUCGUCGCCCGAGGCCACACAGAGCCUGAUCCAACCCAAGACACGGAGCUGGAGCUGGAUGGGCAUCAAGUAAAGGUGCCUCAGGGGCAGCCUGUGCCCUGCCCCAAGUUCAGCAGCUCCAACUUCUCUCAGAGUGAGUACCUCAUCUACCGCGAGAGCCAGUGCCGCCUGCGCUACCUGCUGGAGAUUCACCUCUGAGCUACGCCUGCGCUACCUGCUGGAGAUUCACCUCUGAGCUACCUGCCCCAUCCUGUGGGACCCUGCUGGGAGGGCGAGACCAUGAUCUUCAAUCUUCCUGCCCAUCUUUGGUGCCUCCAUAUCACCCCUUCUUGCCAGGCUUUCCUGUAUCCCAGACAGUGACCACCCAGCUUCCCAUCCCUGUUACACUGGCUGUGGCUGUGGCCCCAGAAUCUCCCCUCCUGAGAUGACGGGUGUGACUGGAGACUUGGAGUUAUGACUUGGGCAUACAGGCAGCAGUCUAUUCAAGGCUGUGUGGUUAGAGGGGCACAGCCCUGAAGUGGGUCAGUUCCCACAUCCCCCCAGGCUGGCCACCCGGUCCAGACUAUACACCCAGAGAGAAGCUAAACGUCAGCCGAGCACAGGCGGGUUUAUUAAACAUUGUAUUCACUCACCCUCCAGCCUCUGACUGUCUGUGCCACAGCUGCACUACUCUUGGCACUUCUGUCUCUCCACAGGACCCAACACACAGCGGCUCCAACCCCACUCCAGGGGGCAAGCACUCACAGGGUUGAUGUGGGUCACCCACCCACCCUGGUCAGUCCAUGCCCAUCACCCUAACAACCCACCUCCUCUAGUAACUAAGCCUUCAGAGGGGACCCUCACCAUCAACUCAGAAGUGUUGGUCAUGGGCUUUUGACUUCCUGUGAGAGACACUCCUUCAGCCCAGAUGUUGCCGAAUCAGGCAGUCCUCACAUCUUGCCACAAACGUCCAUGUGUGUCUUAUCUCCGAGUGUUAUAAACGGGUUGAGCAUAUAGCAAAAGGGCUCAGGUCCCCAGCUCUGCAGUCAUGAAAGGAGGCAGUGUAGGUAUUCUGUGCCCAGCAGGAAUGCUGGUUAUUGCUUCAGGCGACCCUGUCCCCAGAGAGUAUUGCAGGUACUGGAUCCAGUCCAGGGUCCCACAUUUCAUUCCAUUUAGCUGUCAUGUCUCUUUGGUCUCCUUUAACCUGGAACCCUACCUCAGCCUUUUUUUCUUUCUUUCUUUUUCCUUCAUACCUUUGACAUUCUUGACACUUGAAGGGUACAGGCCAGGAUUUUACAGAAUGUCUCUCAACUGCAGUUUGUGUGAUGUCUAGUCAUGAUUGGAUCACAGUAUUGCAGUUUGGGCAGGCAUACGACAUAAAUGAUGUCCUGGGUGCAUUGUGCCCCAUUCUUGGUGAUGUUAAUUAACUUUGACCACUUAAUUAGGGUGGUGUUCACCAGGUUUCUCCACUGUAAAAUUACUAUUUCUUCCCUUUGUAAUUAAUCAGUAACCUGGAGGGAAAUAUUUUGAGAGUAUAAAUGCCCCUAUUCCUUAUCAAACCUGCAUCCACUAACUUUCACAUGCAUUGAUGAUUUUUACCUGAAUUCAACAACCUGAAUCAAUUUUUGUUAAGAUAGUAUAAAUGGUAGUUACCUAACUCCAUCAUUUCUUUUCUACUUAUUAGUGUUCCCAGUUUGUUUAUCUAUUGUCAGUCUGGAUUCAUGGAUUCUUAUCUUACUCAGUGGGUUAUAAUCCAUUACUGUCAUUAUUUAUUUUGAUCCUUAAUUGUACCAGAUUUUGCCAGUGGAAGCACCUUCAAGCUGGCUCCUGUGUCCCCAUCAUUUUUUUUUUUCAGGUUCUUAAAAUAACAUUUAUUUUUUCUUUUCAAACUUUUAAAAUAUGUGCAUUACAGAAAACUGUAAAGCAAAGAACACAAAAGGCAUCCAAAAUCAUUUUGAUGAUCUGAUUCGUUUGACAUGUCCUUCUACAUGCUAUGUAUAUAUACACAACUGAGAAUACAUUUUUAGGUGGCUGAGGUCACACUGUAUGGAUCAUGCUUUUUCACACAUCAUGAAUAUUUACCAAUUCAAAGUCCCAAAGCCAAGAGUAUUUUUGACAACCAAGAAUCACUACAUGGACUCCAUCAGGAAGAAAAAGAAAUCCUGCCCUUCUCGAGGACAAAAAUUUCAUUAAAAAAAAAAAAUGGUAACAGGCCUCUAGAGAGAUACUGGCAGAGUUAAAAUACUGCAUUCCUUUAAUGCUCAAUUAAAAAUGAAAUAUAAAGCAAGAGAGUACAGUAAGUAUAAAUGCUUCUAAGGAAUUCAUUCUCAGGUCUAUUAAAAUAUUAGCAAGGUAUUUCCGUAUAGUAGAGCCAAGAGAUGCACAGAUGCAUCAAUGGUUAUCAUCAAAAUGUAAAUAUGGAGACUUCUGCAUACAUCCCUGCCCUUGCAUUUCCUUCUGCCCCUCUGCAGCCAACCCAAUCAAUCCUGAUGUACACUGUUCAGAGCGGUUUAACAAUUCCAUAUUCAAGAUGCUCUUCUAUUAAUUAUAACUAAAAGAUACUUAUAAAUUGAUUAACUCACUAGCACUACUUUUUAUCAUACAUUGUCAGCUCAAGACAUCUAAAAAGCUUAGAUGCUGCAAAAUAAACAUUGUCUACAGUAAACAAGGGUACUUUAUAAAAAAAUGCACAUAUGGUUAUAAUCUAAAACUUUUCUAAAUAUGGAAAUACUAGACAAGAGCCCUUCCCUUUGCCCUUCCUCUUCUCCUCCUUCCACCAUUUCAGUGACUAAAUACAGAAAUGCAUCUUGCUCCAAGAGGUGGAUUAACAAAGGUCACUCCCAAAAGACAGCCCUUCCUAUAAACUAACAAAAGGACAUUUAUAUUGUUUUACUACUUCUGCUUGUAACAUACUUUGGGCGUUAGGAUUUGUCCCUUAAUACACAGCAAUAUUAACUAAAAUGCAUAUAUAAAACAAUGUUUAGACAAUCUUCAUUUGUCUAAAUCACAGGCAUAGAACCCUUCCCUCUGCACCUCCUUUCCCAGCCCCCCACCACCACUACCCAGUAUACUGCUUCCAAGGCAUCAAGUUUUAUAAUUCCAUUCCCACAUACAACCAUUCCUAUGAAUUAACAGAAGAAAAUAGAGGGUGUUAUCUUACAUCCUCUCUUAACACAUUGUAUGCUUCUAGACAUCUAGAAAGACUAUUUCUAGAUGUUUAAAAUACUAUAUACAGUACCACUGAAUCAACUGCACAAUUGUAACAAAGGCUAUAAUCUGAAAGUGUCUUCUAAAUAAACACUCUAGUCUAGAACCCCUCCCCCUUCCCACCUCUAUCAACCCAGUGGAUAAAUAUAAGCAUCUGCAAUGCUGAGAGGACUUUAACAAUUUCACUUCCACAAGUCAUUUUUCACAACAGUCUGUCCUAUGAAUUUUAACACAAAAUGUAUUAGUUUACUAACUCUGUCAUACAUUGGCAACCUCUUUAACGUCUAGGAAGACUAGAUGUUGCAAAUUUAGGACUUGGCAUUUAUAUACACUAUAUACACAGCAAAGUAAAACAAAACCCACAGAACGUAUGGAUGAAUGGUUAAUCUUACCUCACUGUGAACAUACUAGAGCCCUUUGCACUUUCUUCUCCCUCCUCCCAUGAACCAACACAAACAUAAUGAGUACUGCUCAGAGAGGCGGUUUGACCAUUCCAUUUCCAAAAGGUAGUAUUUCAUAUGAAUUUUAACAAGAAGAUUAUCUACAAAAUGUUAUUUACUAUCUCUACUUUUAACAUACUUUGUGCACUUCUAAACAUCUAGAAAGACUAGAUGUUUCAAAUAAGGACUUAAGUUUGUCCACUAUAUACACAGUAGUGUUGAAUAAACUACACACAUGUAACAAUGGUUAUAUCUGAAAGUGUCUUCUAAAUAGGAACAUUCUGAUCUAGAACCAUUUAUUUCUUCCAACUCCUCUCCACCACAACCCAGUGGAUGAGUACAAGCACAUGUGUCACUUCUAUGUGGUUUUACCAUUUCCAAAAGUCAUUUUCAGAAGACAGCCUUUCUAUGAAUUUUAACACAAAGUGUACAAAAUGUGUUAGUUUACUAACUCUACUUUUGUCAUACAUUGGCAACCUCUUCAAUAUCUAGAGACUAGACAUUAUAAAAUUAGGAUUCAUUUGUCUAAUAUAUAUACAAUACAUACAGUACAGCAAAGUUAAAUGAAAUGCACAUAACAUAUAGGGCAAUGGAUAACCUGAAAUGUUCUAGUACACACUAGCAAAACACCUCUUGCAAUUUUUACCCGCCCAUCUCCCUUGACCCAAUGAACAAGCAAUAAAUAAAUACGAAGCUCACAGAGGUGUUUAUCAAUUCCAUUUCCAACGACUAUUUUCCAUGAAUUUUAAAAAGCUAUUUACAAAGUAUUAUCCUACUAUCUUUACUUUUUAAAUACAUCAAGCACUUCUAAAGAUCUAGAAAGACUAGGUAUUUCAAAUAAGAACUUACUUGUACUGUUAAAUAAAACUGCACACACACAACAAUGGUUGUAAUCUGAGGUAUUUUCUAAAUAUGACCAUUUUGGUCUUAAACAAUUCCCUCUCCUCACUUCCUUCUCUCCACCACCAACCCAGUAGACAAGUACAGGCAUGUGUAAUGCUUAAGAGGUGGUUGAACAAAUGCAUAUCCAAAAGUUAUUUACAGAAGACAAACUUGCCUAUGAAUUCAACACAAAGUGUACAAAAUGUGCCAGUUUUACUAACUCUAUAUUGUCAUACACUGGCAACCUUUGCAAAAUUAGGACUCAUUUGUCCAUUAUAUAUACUAUACAUAGCAAAACAAAAUGCAUAUAAUACACAGAAAAAUGGUUUUGUCUGAGUCUGUCAAAGCAUGUACACGCUAACAUACUAUCUUUUGUAGUUCCUUCCCUCCCGUCUCUUUCAAGCCAUUGAACAAGUAUAGACAGUAAUAUACUGCUCAGAGAUGGUUUAACAAUCCCAUUCCCGAAAGACAGUAUUUUCUGAGUUUUUGCAAAAAGCUAUGUACAAAGUGAUAUUUUACUACUUCCAUUUUUAACAUACGUUGGGCACUUCUAAACAUCUAGACAGACUAGAUGUUUCAAAUAAGGACUUAGUUUGUCCACUAUAUACACAGUAUAUUAUUUACAGUUUGACUAAACUGCAUACAUGUAACAACAGUUAUAAUCUAAAAGUGUCUUCUAAGAUAAGAAUACUCAGGCCUGGAACCUCCUUUCUCUCCCUCCUCCAUUAACCCAGUGGGCUAUAAUGUUCAAAUUUUCAGAAGACAAUCUUUCUUAAGAAUUUUAACACAAAAUGUACAAAACGUGUGAGUUUACUAACUCUACUUUUGUCAUACACUGGCAACCCCUUUUAACAUCUAGAAAGACUAGAUGUUGUAAAUUAUGGCUUAUUUGUCCUUUAUAUACACAGAAAAGUAAAACAAAAUGUACAAAUAUAAGGAACAAUGGUUAAACUUGCCUCGUUACAAUAAACACGCUGCCAUAGAGUCUCUUGUACUUCCUUCUCCGUCCUCCCGAAAACCAGUGCACAAAGCAUGUACC